AUGGGUGACGGUGGCAAAGGUUCUUGGAGAAAGGUAGAUUAUAGCAGGAAGGCGCAACCUAAAUGGGAUGUCGCGUAUGGAGGGAAGGGGAAGUUUGAGGUGAGGGAGGGUGUCGCUGUAUCUUCUUUCUUUGUGUCUGAGUUUGGAGCAAGAUGGAGAGCAAAUGACUUGUAUUACGAGUUCAAAGAACAUGGAGACAUUGUCGAGUUCGUGAUACCUCCUAAGACUGAUAAAUAUGGUAGAAGGUAUGGUUUUGUGCGUUUUGCUAAUGUGCCGGAUGAGAAAUCUCUUGAAGUCAAGUUGGACAACAUUUUUCUUGAUGGUCGGAAACUCCACGUUAACCUGCCGAGAUUUGUCAGACCUAACCCUAAGAAGUCUGGUCCUGACCGGAAGUUCUGUGGGGUUUCUGAGGGUGUUGCGGAGGGAGCAAAGAAGAACCCAUGGGGUGGUAAUAUGGCGGACGGAGGUAGGAAGUUUAGAUCUUUUGCUGAUGUUCUUCAAAACAAAUCUCCUAGCAGAACAACCAUAGAAGAACCUAAGACUGUGUUAUUCUCUUCUUGUUUGGAGGUUGUCGGUCAGUAUAGGAAGGCGUUUAUAGGAGUUAUAAGGAAUCCGGGGGUGGAUGUUGAUCUUAAGAAGUCCUUCUUGGAAGAAGGUAUUUUCUCUAUCAGAGUAACUACCUUAGGUCCAAAUAUGUGUCUGCUAGAGGACUUGAUAGAGGGUGAGAUUGUUCGGUUCAUAGAGGAGAGGAAAGAUUGGUGGCAGGAAUGGUUCAGCGCCAUUAAACCGUGGAAUCCGUCAGACGUUGAUAAGGAGAGAGUAGCGUGGAUGAAAAUCAUUGGUGUCCCCUGUCAUGUUUGGGAGGAAAGUUUCUUCAAGAUGUUAGCAGAGUUAGUUGGGAGCUUUGUCAAGUGUGAUGAAGGCACGAAUCUUAAGUCCAGAAUGGAUGUUGCUCGCAUCUGUAUUAGGACCUGCUGCCUUGGUAUGGUGGAAGAGCGUGUGAAUGUGAAGAUCGAUGAUAAGGUCUUUCCAAUCUCCAUCAUGGAAGACUGUGAUCUUUCGUCCUGCAAGAUGUUUUUUUCAAGGGAAAGGGAUGACUUCGUAUCUGGUUGUUCUUCCCAGUCGGAGGAGGACACGGUUGUGGCGGAGGAGGGCGGUGAGGAGUACGAGGAGGAGAACGACCUGAAAAAUAGAUGGAAGCGGUGA